UGAAUGGCCGUGGAAAAUGUCUCUUCAGUGACUGAAUUUAUCCUUGUGGGACUAACAGGUCAACCUGAGCUCCAGCUGCCCCUGUUUUUUCUGUUCUUGGUGAACUAUGUGGUCACUGUGGUGGGAAAUUUGAGCUUAAUUAUUCUUAUUUGCUUCUAUUCCCACCUUCACACCCCCAUGUACUUUUUCCUCUUCAAUCUCUCCUUCAUUGACCUCUGCUAUUCAUCUGUCGUUACUCCCAAAAUGCUGAUGAGCUUUAAUUCAGAGAGGAAUCUCAUCUCCUUUGCAGGAUGCAUGGCUCAGCUAUUUUUCUUCUGCUUCUUUAUCAUCUCUGAGUGCUAUGUGCUGACAGCCAUGGCCUAUGAUCGCUAUGUGGCCAUCUGUAAGCCCCUGCUGUACACCAUCACCAUGACCCCUCAGGUGUGUUCUCUGCUGAUGGCUGCUUCAUACGUGAUGGGGUUUGCUGGUGCGAUGGCUCACACAGGGUGCAUGAUCAGGCUGACAUUUUGUGAUUCCAACACCAUCAACCACUACAUAUGUGAAAUCUUCCCCCUACUCCAGCUCUCUUGUAGCAGCACCUAUGCCAAUGAGCUUGUGAUUUCUAUUAUUGAGAGCACAGUGGUCAUAGUAUCUAGUGCCAUUAUCUUUAUCUCUUAUGCUCUGAUUCUUUUCAAUAUCCUUCACAUGCCAUCCGCUAAGGGCUGGACCAAAGCCUUGAAUACCUGUAGCUCCCACGUAAUAACUCUUGGCCUUUUCUAUGGAUUUGGGCUGCUCACUCACGUCAAGUCAUCCUCUGCUGGGUCUUUAGGUCAGGGGAAACAUUUCUCAGUUUUUUAUACCAAUGUGGUACCUAUGCUGAACCCCCUUAUCUAUAGCCUCAGAAACAAAGAUGUCAAACUUGCUCUGAGGAAAAUCCUGAAAAGAGUAACAAACUGA